UUAGCUCCAUUUGAAAUCUUACAUAAUACUAAGAUGUCUUUUAAAUUAAUCUUAUACCUUUUCUCUGUACUUUUCAUUGGUUAUUCUGAGUCUGCAGAAAUAUGCUGCUCAGGAUUAGGAUGUUUUAGCGACAACCGUCCUUUUGAUCACCUUCCUUUACCUAGUUGCCCUGAUGUUAUUUCACCCAUAUUUAAUUUGUAUACAAGAUCUAAUAGAAAUAGCCCACAAAGGGUUUAUAGAAACGGCAUUCCGUCAUUGUAUAGAGGAGUGAAGAGAACUGUUUUCCUCGUUCACGGCUUCAAUAAUAAUGAGAAUGUAGAUUGGAUAAUUGAAAUGAAAAAUGCUUUCUUGAUUAGGGAAGAUGUUAACGUAAUUGUUACUGGAUGGGGUGGAGGAGCAGAAACUAUAGAUUACCCAUGGGCUGCUUCUAACACCAGAGUUGUUGGUGCCGAAAUUGGAGUAACUGCCGAAAAUUUGAUUAUCAAUGGCGGAUCCUCUCUCUCAAGAAUGUGGUGUGUUGGACACAGUUUAGGUGCACAUACUUGCGGUCAUGCUGGUAAAAAGCAGAAAUUUGCAAGAAUUACCGGAUUAGAUCCUGCCGGACCACUUUUCGAGAAUUACGACAUUGAAGCAGGUUUAAAUCCUACAAGAGGCAAUUUCGUUGACAUAAUUCACACCGCUGGUAAAGAUGGAGGAAUUAUAGAUUUUGGAACCCUAAAAGCACUUGGUCAUGCUGAUUUUUAUCCCAACAAUGGUGGUUUUCAACCAGGUUGCUUCCUGAAAAUGAAAAAUGGUUUAAGAAUCGCUUGCAGCCAUGGUCGAGCUUGCGCUUACUUUACAGAGUCUGUUUUGGCCAACAUCGAAACCUUCUCGACCAUUUGUUGGCUCUAUGCUAAACUUAUUUAUCAAAUGACCAAAAGACCAUGGGGUUUAACCAUGUCAGCUUGGGAAGCAACCAGAAUUAAUGAUUGGUCGUCUGCCGAACAGAAUACCAUGUCCGAAAGUAAUUGUAAUCAGAACGCUCCCACAUUUCUUUAUCAUUCCAUAGUUAUAGUUGUGUUGUAUCAAGGAGAAGCCAAUACUCACAACCCUGCAAAAUAG